AUGGAACAAUUAUUAUUGUGGAGAACUUUGUGCAUGACAAGUCAGGCACACCCUUUGUGAUAGGAAGAGAGUUCCUCCAAAGAAGAGACUUGUAUACAAAACCUUGUCAAUCAAGAAUGCUUGGGAUUUGCAUUGCAUCUCAGCUUUCUGGCUUGCGGUCCUGGCCAGUUCAGAGUAUACUUCAGAAAUGUCUGAGAGUGUUGUUCAAGAGAGAAAAUAUUAUUUUUCCACUUUUGCAUGCUGUUGUUCCGCAAUAGUUGUCAUGUUGCUGUACAGAUGUUGCAAUUUCAUUUGUCCUCAUUAGUGUAAUGCUUUUGGAAAUAAACUAGGUUUCUUUCUUUUUUUGCAAGGUGGCCUCUACAUAGUAGUGAAAUUUCCUGAAGAAGAUGAUGCUGUUGCCAUUAUACAUAAAAACUGGAUCGAUGGCAACGGCUGCAUGUGGCCUCCACAAACAAAAUACAUAAAAAGCUUGUUAAAAGCUGGGGCCAUGCCUGGAAAUGACUGGAGGAGUCUGCCUUGUGAAGUGGUUGAGGCAUUUGCCAAUUACGAUGAUGCUGUACGGGGCCUCAGAAAAGCUGAAGACAACUCAGACAUCGCAAGUGCAAGUGAACGUGGCAGAGGAAAAAGGAAAAAGAAAAGAAGGCUCUACAGUGACGAAGACGAGAUGCCACUCCCGCAGCCACCACAGUCUAUGCAGAAAAGAGCAACACAUGGUAUUGCAGAAAGAUCUGCAAGGAUGGAACCGUCAAGUAUUUCGACUGUUUCACAGCACUCGGCAUAUAAUGAAAGAAUGCAUGGUACUGCAAAACGGUCUGGAAAGGAGUCACUGCACUCGUGGAACGUUCCACAGUGCUCUGCAUAUAAUGGUAAGACCACUAGCUUGUGUUGGAAAAAAAUGCUUGGUAGUCCUGAGUGUUCUGCAAGGGAGCCACUGCAGCGGAGCUUUCCACGGCGUCCUGAAUGUGAUGACAACGCUCAGAGUGACUUGCCAGGCUUGUGGCCGUGUGUUAAUCGAACGGCGACACCAAGCUCAGGCCAUUACGACUGUAGGAGCCAGCCAUUUGAGCAUGAACAUUUAGCUGCCUCUCAGCCAAGAAAUGACUUCUCACGAUCAGGAUCAUAUGGGCUGAGCAGGGCUUCAUUUCCCACUGCUGAUGUACUGUCUACACCUACCUCAAGGCCCACAAGCAGGUCGGUUUCAACCAUAAAUGGGCCAUCUGAUUUUGAACACCAGGUCUUCAAGAUCUUGCAAACAAUUUUAAUGAGGGUUGAGCACCAAGGGCGCCAACUUGAUGCCAUUGCACAACAGCUAUGCAGUGGCCCCUUGACAGUUGGGCCCGCAAAGGAUGUGGUCCCAAAACCAUUCGAGGACAUCGAGGCAUUCGAAGAAUUUGAUGCCGAGAUAUCAACAAAUGAAGGAACAAGGACACGCCUGGUCUGA